AUGUCUGUACCUGACGCCUGGUCAGUAGUACCCGACGCCUGGUCAGUUAUAAAAAGUUACAAAAGGCGCACAAAAGCGGGAUCCCGCGAGAGGGCACCACCGCCGCCGCCCGAAGACGAGCCGCGUGAGGAACUCCACUUCCAACUAGACGAGGAGCUGGACCUGCCGCCUCCGAGGCACAACACCUUCACCGACGCCUGGCGCACAAAGGCGGGAUACCGCGAGAGGGCGCCGCCGCCGCCGCCCGAAGACGAGCCGCGUGAAGAACUCCAUUUCCAGCUAGACGAGGAGCUGGACCUGCCGCCUCCGAGGCACAACACCUUCACCGACGCCUGUACCUGCCGCCUGGUCAGUGGUAAGAGGCGCACAAAGGCAGGCUCCCGCGAGAGGGCGCCGCCGGCGCCGCCCGAAGACGAGCCGCGUGAAGAACUCCACUUCCAGCUAGACGAGGAGCUGGACCUGCCGCCUCCGAGGCACAACACCUUCACCGACGCCUGUAGUAAAAGGCGCACAAAAGCGGGAUCCCGCGAGAGAGCGCCGCCGCCGCCGCCCGAAGACGAGCCGCGCGAGGAACUCCACUUCCAACUAGACGAGGAGCUGGACCUGCCGCCUCCGAGGCACAACACCUUCACCGACGCCUGGCGGGCUCCCGCGAAGAACUCCCAUUUACAACUAGACGAGGAACUGGACCUGCCGCCUCCGAGGCACAACACCUUCACCGACGCCUGGCGGGCUCCCGCGAAGAACUCCCAUUUACAACUAGACGAGGAGCUGGACCUGCCGCCUCCGAGGCACAACACCUUCACCGACGCCUGGCGGGCUCCCGCGAAGAACUCCCAUUUCCAGCUAGACGAGGAGCUGGACCUGCCGCCUCCGAGGCACAACACCUUCACCGACGCCUGUAGUAAAAGGCGCACAAAGGCUGGAUCCCGCGAGAGGGCGCCGCCGCCGCCGCCCGAAGACGAGCCGCGUGAAGAACUCCAUUUCCAACUAGACGAGGAGCUGGACCUGCCGCCUCCGAGGCACAACACCUUCACCGACGCCUGGUCGGACGAGGAAUCAGACAUGGAGUUCACCGAUCGCGACGUCGGCAGACUGCUGAUCGUGACGCAGGCCGGCGCGCGCGCGCCCAAGCACGACGGCCACGACCGCCAGGGCGACUGGACCACGCGCACUAAGAUCACACAGGACUUGGAACAGGUUAUAACGGAUGGCCUCAGACGCUACGAGGAGGACCUGUGGAAUGACACCGAAUACACAUCGUCGUACGGCAGCGGCAGCAACCAAUACCGCACAGUGUCGCUGAUCAGCCGCGAGAAGUUCGAAGCUUCGGUGCCCAGCGAGCGCCACGCCAACCCGGCGGAACCGCCGCCGCCACCGCCUCGCCCGCAGAAGGCCGAGUCGACGGAGGGCGGCAAGUCGAAGAGGCCGCGCCGCACGGCUUGCUUCUACGCUGCCAGCAAAGACCCGCACGCUACCGAUGUCAUUACCAGCAGGAAGAACAAGACACGUCACAGCAUCAACCCACCGGUCGAACACCACGUGGGCUGGAUCAUGGACGUGCGCGAGCACAGGCCGCGGACGCUCAGCGCCGGAUCGUCGCUAGGGACCUCGCCUACACUAGGCUCGUCCUGCGGCUCCGUCCCGCAGUCCCUGCCGGCGUUCCACCACCCGAGCCACGGCCUGCUCCGCGAGAACCACUUCACGCAGCAAGCCUACCAUAAGUACCACUCGCGCUGCCUCAAAGAGCGCAAGAAACUGGGCAUCGGCCAGUCGCAAGAGAUGAACACACUCUUCCGUUUCUGGUCGUUCUUCCUUCGGGACCAUUUCAACAGGACCAUGUACAACGAGUUUAGGACGUUAGCGAACGAAGACGCCGCCGCCGGCUUCCGGUACGGGCUGGAGUGCCUCUUCCGGUUCUACUCCUACGGGCUAGAGCGGAAGUUCCGUCCGGAGCUGUACCAACACUUCCAGCAAGAGACCAUUGCUGAUUACGAACAAGGCCAGCUGUACGGUCUGGAGAAGUUCUGGGCGUUCCUGAAAUACUACAAGCACGCGUCCGCGCUCCAGGUGGAGCCCAAGCUGAAGGCAUGCCUCGACAAGUUCCCGAGCAUCGAGGACUUCCGGGUGCUCGAGCCGCAGCUGAACGAACUGCUAGCCAGCUGUGGGGCCGCGGCGCCGGGGCGCGGGCCCCACGCGCGGCCCUACGACCGCCACCGCUCCGUCUCGGAGAGCGACCGCGCGCUGCGCCAGGCCUCCAAGACCAGCAAGCACAAGCACAAGUGAGUGGGGACACCCUACGUGGU